GUUAUUUUCAGUCUCCAGCAGCAGAAUCCGUUUUAGGUAGGGACAAUGAUGAUGAGAAGAAGUCCUACAAAGAGUUGUUGGUGCUCAUGAAGAGACACAUUGCACGUGUACGAGAGGAUAGAAACAUUGCAGCCAGAGACAAGUUUGCCACAGACUACACCAAUCUUGGUAAGCCAACUACCCCUGCACCAAAGCCUGCGGCUCCAACACCCACACCAAAGGAUGGUAAGACCGGAAAGCCAAGUGCGCCAGCACCUAAGGGUAAGCCUGGAGCCCCAGUUCUCCCAUCCGGCACUCCAAAGAGUCACGGCAAGGGGAAAGGCAAGGGUGGUCGAAGAUCCAGAUCGCCUUCUACCAAAGACACUUCCAAGACCUUUUGUCACUUUCACUUCAACAAAGGAAAUUGCAAGCAUGGUGACAAGUGCCAAUACAGCCAUUCUCAAUAUCAUUGGGACAAAAGGAAGGACAAGGGUGGUAAGGGCAAGAACGGUAGAUCGGCCACACCAAGAAGAUCACAGACACCUGGUGGAAAGAAGGACCGCAACUGCUAUGGAUGGUUGAAGGGUGAUUGUCAGAAGGGAGACAAAUGUACUUUCAAGCAUGAUCCAAGUAUGAAAGGCAAGAGAGCUGCCCCUUCGACGAAGACAUCCGAUGCCAAGGCCACUCCUGCAUUGGUCCGUGAGUACGAUGAUGACUUCAUCGUGAACGCUGUGCCAAGCGAGAAGAAGAACAAGAUGGAUGUCAAGUUCAACUAUCAUGUGGAGAUACAUGAGCACGUGAAGCCUGACUUUGUGGAAUGCUCCAACAGAAAGCCAAGAAGGAACCUGUCUCGAGCUCAGAAGCGAUCAUUGACGUGCAGAACUACCAAAGAAAUUAUGGAUGACCAACAAUGGAUGUUGCAAUCCAAAUUGGGCAUGACAAGAGCACGUGCGAUUGGCAUACUGAUGGAUGACUAUGAUGAGUUUUCGGAUGUCGACGAAGUACAUGUUAUCCUGGGACCGAAGAACGCUAUCAAGCUCAAGAUCAACACCAAUGAGUAUCUAGAGAACAACCCCCGAGCUGCGAUAUGCUAUGAGGCUGAGUUGGUGAUGAAGGUGCUGGGUCUCAUGGGCAACAAUACAGCAUCGAGGAAAUGGACAACAAACUGGGCAAAGAGAAAAGCGACGGAGUCGAAGUUGUUGAUGGGCCUCCUAUGCCUCCUCCUGACGGUGAGCCUCCGUAUGACGGACCUGAACAUGGGUAAACGUGGUGACGGUAUCAUCUACCUCAGCGACAAUGGCGAGCAUGUCAAACUCGACAAACGUGGACGACCUUAUCGAGUUGGUCCAGACGGUCGCAAAGAAGUACGAGGAUCACCAAGACCAAAGAGCAGCUACAGUCCUGAGGAAUGGAGAUCAUUAUCCGCCAAGGAGAGAGAUGUCAUCAUUCGUCGUGGAAAACUCGAAGAAGAAGCUGAUAAGCUCAAGGAGAUCAAGUUGAAGAAAGAGAAAGAGAAGAAAGCCAAAGCUGAGGCUGCUGCGAAGAAGAAGAAGUCCGAAGCGAGUUCACACAAAGAUCCACCCAAAGAUGAAGGACGAAAGAAAAAGAAAAAGAGUAAUAAAGACUCGAAGGAGAGCUCAGGCAAAGAUGGCAGCAAGGACGCUGCUGUCGGAGUGGGGAAGCUCCGAGGAGAUUGGGAACGUAUACCUACGCCCCAUGAUCCGAUGACGACGCUGAACCACAACAGAGGUCACAGCACACGGGAAUGUUUAUCAACAAUCCGUGGAGCUAGUGAUCUCAUCAACAUCAAGAAGCGCAACACUGCCUCUCCUGAGAUGCCUCCGCAGCAACAAGGACUGCGUCUUCUUCGCUGGACCGUGCACGGGCGGAUCACCGUGGAACAGGAGAAGGAUGAGCUGGCAGGGAAAUUCAGAUAUGGCAAGACCAUCUUGAUCACUGACCUCGUCUACAAGUGCAACUCGAACGCAAGAGGAACGACCAACAUUCAGUAUGGGCUCGAUGAGAUGGGCUAUGCCGCUACGGUCAUCGACAUCAACAGCUUCAGGAGCGUGACCAGAGCCCAGAAGUUCCUCGAUGCAGUCGAACACUUGAAGAGGAAUGUGAUGCCAGACAUCGCGUCAGAGGACGUCGCAAUUGAUUCGGCAGACAUCUUGAGAAGCUACGGCAUCAUGGUUACCACGGAUGAUGGGAUGUGGCGACUGAUGUAUGGCCCUGCCGGCAACCACUACAUGAACAACCACAACAUGCCAGACCGAUUGGGAGUCUUCGACUACCUCAAGAUGGUGCUCGGGAAUGACUUCACUGAUGUCAUGGGCUAUCUCGACGUUGCAGCUGAGAAGUGCGGCGACGUGGUCGAGAUGUGGCUUGGCAUGCUUGACCUAGCCAACAUGACGAAGUCGCAGAUCACGUUCAUGGAGACGAAAGCUGAUCCAGGUGAGCUACUUGCAGGCCUGGAGGGGAAGCAACGACCGGAGACGCGGAAGCAAGUGCCGAAG